AUGAUUUCAAGAAACUAUCGGUCGUUAAUUUCAAAAAAUAGUAUUAAACGAUACUACUUAUCAGUUGCUUCAGAUUAUUUUCCAAAUGAGCCUUUAAAACCCGAAAUUAUCUCUGAAACAUAUCCAGGCCCCAUUAAUGAAUCAAAAUUAAGUGAAUUGGCUAAAAGUUUUGAUCAUCGUGCUGCGUAUUUUGUUGCUGAUUAUUACAAGUCCAUUGGAAACUAUAUUGCUGAUGUUGAUGGAAAUAAAUUAUUAGAUACAUAUUGUCAAAUUUCCUCUAUUCCUUUAGGAUACAAUAACCCAGAGCUUUUGAAAGCCUGUAGCUCCAAGGAAAUGCAGGUUGCUUUGGCAAAUAGACCCGCUUUAGCUUGUUUUCCCUCAAAUGAUUACGAAAGUAUUUUGAAAGAUGGUAUUUUAGCUGCUGCUCCUCGUGGUUUGGAUAAAGUUUGGACUGCUUUAUCUGGUUCUGAUGCCAAUGAGACUGCUUAUAAAGCUGCUUUCAUGUAUAAAGCUGCUAAAAAAAGAGGCAAUUCUAAAUUUACUAAAGAAGAGCUUGAGAGCGUUAUGGACAAUAAAUCACCAGGUGCACCAGCUGCUUCAAUUUUAUCUUUUGACAAGGGUUUUCAUGGUAGACUAUUUGGUUCAUUGUCUACAACAAGAUCAAAACCAAUUCAUAAACUAGAUAUUCCUCAAUUUCCUUGGCCAAGAGCCCCAUUUCCGUCUCUAAAGUAUCCCUUAGAACAGUAUUCAAUUGAAAAUCAGAAAGAAGAAGAAAGAUGUCUAGAACUAACUGAAGCAUUAAUUAAAGAAUGGCCUGAUUCAAUUGCUGCAAUAAUUGUUGAGCCAAUCCAAGCAGAAGGAGGUGAUAAUCAUGCUUCUCCCUAUUUUUAUCAAGGUUUAAGAAAAUUAACUAAGGCUUAUGAAAUUUUAUUAAUAGUUGAUGAGGUUCAAACAGGGGUUGGGGCAUCAGGCAAAUUUUGGUGCCAUGAACAUUUAUUUGAUCCAAAUGAUCCCCCAGAUAUUGUAACUUUUUCAAAAAAGUUUCAGGCUGCUGGUUUUUAUUAUAAGUUACCUGAAUUACAACCAGAUCAACCGUUCAGACAAUUCAAUACUUGGUGUGGUGAUCCUUCUAAAGCAAUAAUCGCUAAAACAAUUUACAAUGAAAUCAUCAAAAAAAACUUAUUACAUUCAACAAAAAAAACGGGAGAUUAUAUCUUUAACAACUUGGAAACUUUGUUCAACGGAAAAUUCUUUCAAAUUGUGAAAAAUCUUCGAGGAAAAAAUAGAGGUACUUUAAUUGCUUUUGAUUUCAAUACGGCUAAAGAAAGAGAUGGCUUUUUACUAGAGUGUAGAAAGAAUGGUGUUAACAUUGGUGGAUGCGGAGAUACUGCUGUUCGAUUAAGGCCAUCUUUAGUAUUUGAAAAAAGACAUGCUGAUAUUCUUUUAAAUAUUGUUGAGGAAUCAUUAUCAAAAUUAUAUUGA